AUGGAUACGUCGUCUGCAUAUGACACAGAGGGGUAUUUUAAAACUGGUGAUGUUGUCUAUUAUGAUGAAGAUGAAUGUUUUUACGUUGAGAAUAGAAUUAAAGAAAUCUUUAAAUACCGUGGAUGGCAUGUACUUCCAGCUAUUAUAGAAAACGUUUUACUUUCACAUCCUGCCGUUAAAGAAGCUGCAGUAAUAGGUGUUCCGCAUGAAGUUGAUGGUGAACAUCCCAGAGCAUUUGUUGUACUAAUUCCUGGAUUUAAUCAAAGUUGUGCCAAAGAAAUACAAACCUUUGUUAACGAAAAAGUUGCUGAUAGUCAGAAAUUGAGGGGAGGUGUAUGGAUAGUAGAUUCCAUUCCAAAAACUGCAACAGGAAAGAUUAGAAGAAUGGAUCUCCAAAAUUAUAUUAUAAACAAAAUAAAAGUAUCUGAUUAG